CCCUAGAUGGCGGAAGGAGGAAGCGGCAAGGAGCGUUUUAGAUCCGACUGGAUCCUCAUCUGGUUCAGUGCCAUUUCCGUGAUAUUUUAGAGUUUGUGUAAAUAUAUGUAGUUACAUAAUGUCUGUGCUUUGUUAUAAUAAGGGAUGUGGACAACGUUUUGACCCUGAGAAGAAUCUUGACGAUGAAUGUACUUAUCACCCAGGAGUGCCAGUUUUCCACGAUGCACUGAAGGGUUGGUCGUGCUGUAAGAGACGCACAACUGACUUUUCCGAUUUCCUUAGUAUUGCUGGUUGUACAAAAGGACCUCAUAACCAGGAGAAACCUCCUGAACCCAUCAAACCUGAGGUCCGGACAUCUGGAGAAAAGAAGGAUAUCGAUGACUUUAAACCACAGUCCAUCAUCCAGACACCGAAACCUUUUCAAGCUAUACAGCGACCAAGUCCAGAUGAACCACUAUCAAGAUUACCACAGAAAGUCUCUGCUUCACUUAAGCAGGCUUUAGAAAAGCUCAAGGGGUCUGAAAAUACACCCGAGAAAGAAGAUAAGGAAGAUGAUGAAAUUAAGAUUGGUACAUCUUGUAAAAAUGGAGGCUGCACCAAGACUUUCAGUGGAACAGAGAGCAAUGAGGAACUUUGUUUGUUUCAUGCUGGAUUCCCAAUCUUCCAUGAGGGGAUGAAAUACUGGAGCUGCUGCAAAAGGAAAACAUCUGACUUCAACACUUUUCUUUCUCAGGAGGGCUGCACCAAAGGAAAACACCUAUGGCGGAAAAAAGAUUCGGGUAAGAAGGUUGUGCCAUGCAGGUUUGAUUGGCACCAAACAGGAAGCCAGGUCACCAUAACAGUUUAUGCCAAAAACUCCGUACCUGAGCUUAGCUAUGUGGAUGCCAAUAGUACCCAGCUGGAUAUCCACAUUAUAUUUGAUGGAGAUAAGGAAUUUGACCAGAAGAUUAUUUUAUGGGGUGUUAUUGACACAAGUAAAAGCACACUGAACAUGAUGGCUGCUAAGAUUGAGAUUGUUUUGAAGAAAGCUGAGCCGAUGUCUUGGGCACGGCUGGACCUUCCACCUGCAGUCAGUCCACCCAAAGAAGAAGAGAAGAAAAGGGGGCAUGAUAGUGAUAGUGAUAGUGAUGAUUAGAAGAACAUGCAGAGCUGUUAGAUAUUUCUGACCUUUUCCUAUGUAAGUAAUUCAACAAAUAAUGAAACAUUUACAAUGCAUGAAAGAAAUUCUAUUAAAACAGGAUUCAGAGUGUUCA